GGACUGGGGUUUUGCUGGAGUCAGUUCUCAUUUUGCGAUCGUAACUCUUAAGUGUCUCAAGUCGGACAGAGGAAGCCGACUCAGAACAAAAUGAGCACCAGGUGUUCUCACAAAGAAAACACAGUCCUGAAGAGAAUCAGAAAGGAGUUUGUCCGUUCAGUUGGCAUCGGUACAAUUAAUGGCCUGCUGGAUGAAUUACUAGAGAAACGCGUGCUGAACCAGGAGGAGGUGCAGAUUGUACGAUGCGAAAGGUCUGUAGUUAUGGAUAAGGCCCGAACUUUGGUGGAUGGCCUCACUGGGAAAGGGCCCCAGGCCUGCCAGAUUUGUAUUGAUUACAUUUGUGAAGAAGACUGCCACCUCGCUCGGACACUGGGGCUCUUCUCAGGUCCACACACUGGGAAUAACUUUAGUACACAGGACUCCCAAAGAGUAGUUCCUUCUUCCUCAGCUUCUCAGGAAGUACAGGACAACCAAGCUGUGAACCAAGCUCUGAACCAAGCUGUGUUCAUAUCCUCAGGCCCAGUAGGAAGCCUCAAGCUUUGUCCCCUGGAAAAAGCCCAAACAAUAUGGAAAGAAAAGUCAGCGGAGAUCUAUCCAUUAAUGAGCAAGUUGACUCGUACGCGUCUUGCCCUUAUUAUCUGCAAUACAGAGUUUGACAGUCUUCCCAGAAGGGCGGGAGCUGAAAUGGACAUCAGAAAUAUGAGAGCACUUCUAGAGGGCCUGGGAUACCAAGUGAUUGUGAGAGAAAAUCUCACUGCUUCGGAAAUGGCUAUGGAGGUGAAGGCAUUUGCAGCCUGCCCGCAGCACAAGACCUCUGACAGCACUUUCCUGGUGCUCAUGUCUCACGGUGUUCCGGAUGGCAUUUGUGGGAAGAAGUACUCUGCAGAAGUCUCAGACGUACUGAAAGUCAGCACCAUCUUUCUCAUGUUGAACACUAGCAACUGUGCCAGCUUGAAGGACAAACCCAAGGUGAUCGUCAUUCAAGCGUGCCGUGGUGAGAACCCAGGAGUGGUUUGGUUAAAGGAUUCAGCCGGAAGCUCUGAAAACAAAAUCCUACUCAGUCCAGAAGUCUUUGUGAAUGACGGCAUUAAGAAAGCCCACAUAGAGAAGGAUUUUAUUGCUUUCUGCUCUUCAACACCAGAUAAUGUUUCUUGGCGACAUCCUGAAAGGGGCUCUCUUUUUAUUGUGGAACUUGUCAAAACUAUGCAAGAAUACGCGUGGUGCUGUGACCUGCAGGAAGUUUUCCGAAAGGUUCAACUUGCAUUUGAAAUACCAGAUCCCGUGGCACAGAUGCCCACUACUGAGAGAGUGACUUUGACAAAACUCUUCUAUCUCUUCCCAGGGCAUUAAAACACGUAAAUUGUAUCACCAUCCUCUGUGUAGGUUUGUGUAUGUGUAGUGAGGGGAAGAAGGAAUUGGGGGUAGAGUACUGGGACCCCAUUAUGGUCUGAUAAAAUGGAGGGAGGAUACUAAAAAGCUAUUUCUUUUUCUAUUUAGUUCAGAGCACAUGCUUUUAAAGUUCUGCAGAAGUGGAUGGGUAUUCCUUAGGGGCAAACGGUAUACAUCAAAAAGUAGUCAAAAGAUAUUGAAAACCACUUUAGAAGAACCACAGUAGGGAACAUUUAAAUGCAGCAUAGAUUCUUCCUUUUUUAUAUGUUUGCCCCCAUUGGUAGAGAGACCUUACUACUUGCAUAUAUUUCAGCUGAGCUCUUUCUUAUAUUUGGGUUAUUUCCCAUUCUGUAGGAAGCCAGGAGUUCUAUUUUUCUGCCCCAUUAUUUAGAAUCAUGCCUCUUGGAAGCAGAUAUUUCUUUUAAAAAUCUAAUAAAUCUGAAAUAAAAACAAAA